AUGUCGCUGCGGGACGACAUUGAGUCCCUGAUAGGGACUAUCCGCCGACUCACGCACAGGCAAGAUGCCAGCAGCAGCAGCAACAGUAACAAUAACAAUAGUAACAACAGUAGUGCAUCGCAAAUACGGAAGAAAUGGGGCCCGCGUGUUGGUGCGAGCGGUGAUGCGGUGUUCGCGUCAGAUGUCAACAUCUCCGCAAUCUCUGUAACAGCGGAUGAUGAUGAUGAUGAUGACACUGGAUUGCGUGUGGUGCGGGGGGCCGUGUUGUCGCCUUUUGGCGACCGCAUGGCGGAAGAUGAUAUAUCAGCAGCACCCCCUAGCGGUAACACAACAGCGUUGCCGUGCACUGAAACCACGAGUGGUGCAGUUUCUCCACAAAUGACACGUUCAAACGGCGCGGGUGCUUCUGUUCAUCGUCCUACUGCUCCUAGUGCUGCUUCUGCUGUUGCAGCUGCUAGUACUACUACUAUUAGAAGAACUCUUAUGCAAGAUAGAGAAGGGGAUUUACUGCAAGACCCCUCGGUGAGACCUGGUGUGUUGACAGAUGGUUCGACCUUGUCACCGAAUGCCCCAACAGAAACUUCAUCAGGGAACAGUACUGUGUUAUCAGCACCAAGCCGGCAGGAGAUAAAAGAAGCCUACAGGAAUCUUGCGAGAAAACUUUUAUCGGAAAUUCAACGUUUGGAUGCAUACAGCACUGCGGUGUCCGCACGAUGUGAAGACGAAAGAAAUAACUGGAUAGUUGCACAACAUGAGCUUACGCAGCGUCUUGUGGAACGUGAUAUCUUGAUUGAGUCCUUACGACAGCAGUUACAGGAUGUGCAAAUGAGCCCAGAGAUGGUAUUAACUUCGAACACAUGUUGUAUUGGCAACAGCAACAACAGUAACAACAACAAACAAGGUUGUCAAAACAUAGUAUUGAUGAAAAACUGUGCUGGGUGCACUCCGUCCGUCUCAAAUGGACAAUUCACACCAGGAGGCCUUGGUGACGGUGGCGCUGCAGCAACAUCUGAUCUUCCCUCUUAUUAUCGUCCUGCUAUUUCAAGUGAGUUGUGUGGCAUGAGUUCAUCCUCUGCUGCGGAGACAUCAUCUCGACAAACCCUGCGAACAAAAGAAGAAGAGGGGAUAAUGCGGGGUAUGCGGAGUGAGAGUAGUGGCAGUCCGCCAUUUCAGUCGAAUUCUGCUGAAGAUACAACCUCAACACGUCCCCAUUCUUUGACAGAGUUUCUGCAAAGUAGGUUUUCUUCGCUAGGAGCGUUGGUUGGAGGAGGAGGAGGAGGAACACGUGUAUCGGACGACACAGCACAACGUUGCAGUGGUGGGACGAUGUCCACAAGAGAGACAUCUCUCGGGGGAAGUCCUAUUCCAUCACAUCCGGGUGUGACAGUAACAAUACCAACAACAACAACAAUACCAACAACAACACAAUCGACUGGUGUUGUUGAUGCCACGGCUUCUGCUGUUUCUCCAGUACGCAGUGAACACGUUAACGAGGGCACGAGUCUGUCUCAGAAGACUUUAAUGCCCUCCUUAGUUGUGUCUGGUGAGGAGUGUGCUACGAGUGAGCUCACCUAUCAGAAGCGUCAUUGUUCUACAUUACCCCAGAUGCAUCAUAUUUAUACUCAACAAGAGAAGGGGGAGGUAUAUACAUCAGAAGGGACAGAAGAAUAUGAACUACUACAUCAUAGAAGACAUAAUAGAAAAUCAUCUCCUUAUUCAUUACAUGAACGACGUGGUCGAAGAGUCUCCUGUGAGGGAAUCCGUGGAGUGACACGCAGUUGUAACACUUGUGGUCGAACUCCGAUUGAGACUCCUACUCGUUGUGUUUCUGCAAUGGGAGGAAAAAUAGAGUGCAGAAAACGCUCUGGGAGCCGUGCAGUUAAUCAUCAUGGCAAGAGAGAGACUCCUUCUGCCACUCGAGGUUGCCGCGUCGUACCACCACCACUACCACUACCAACAGCACCAACAGUAGGAGUAAGAAGUGGUAGUGGUAGUGGUAGAAGACGUGGACGAUCACGACGGCGUAUAGGGGAUGCACAUGAGAAUAAAAACAGCAGCAGCAGCAACAACACGGCAAUGCUGCGAGAACUAGUUGCGCGAAGUGCGGUGAUGGAGUCGCAUCUGCGUGAGUUGCGUGCCCGUGUGGAGCGGCAAGAAGUGGAGUUGAGUGAUGUGGUGUGUUUUCUCCGCGAUGCAGUACGGCCCUUCACGGCAGACUCAUGCGAAGUGCUCACAACAAACGGUGGAUUACAGCGGGAGGAAUAG